AUGUGUACCUUCAAGCCUUACAUAGAUGAAUGUGGGAAUCGUGGCUGGUUAUUUGUUUGCAGUAAGCUUAAUAUGCGAAUAGUUCCUCGAUCAUUUUUUAAAAAAUAUCGUGUCCAUGUUGAUUAUAUCAUUCUGCGCCUGCGUAGUCGAUGGAAAGGUAUCAUGCAUGCACAUGUGGUAAAGACAAAACAAUUCAAAUUUCAUGCUUUUGUGUCAUACGCAGAAGAAGACUAUCGUCUAGCAUGUAUAACUCUGUAUAGAAAAUUAAUCCAUUUAGGCUUCCAAAUAAGCUUACCGGAUAAAGAUUUUGUCCCUGGUAUAUCAAAAGCUGAGCAACUCCUGCAGUACAUCGACGAUAGCAAGAAAGUUAUAAUUCUGGUAACGGAAGACUUCUUGAAAAGUGGAUGGGAUUCCUAUGUCGUGCAAAUGGUAGUGACUCAUGCCUUUCACAAUCACAGACAAAAAUCCAUAAUAGUGAUCAUCAAAGACGGCAUUUCUGUGGAAAGAAUGCCAAAAGACUUGAGAUACAUAUGGUGGUCAAUCAUAAGUAUUCGAUGGCCUGAAAAUGAAGAAAACAUGAUGAGAUUUUGGGAAGAAUUAUUCACCUCUUUGCAAUUGGAUUAA